AUGUGGCACUUGAUUGAUGAGCGGCCUCUGCCUAGCGAGGCGGACGACAACAUCCCGGAGUCUGAAGAUUUAAAUUUUCUUCUUGAGGAUUCGGCUGUUGAUGAGGGUGAGUGGUACAGAGAGAUCAGGGACGAGGAUCAUGGUGUCGCUCCCAGUGAGUUUCCGCCUGGAUUGGACGGUGAAUCGCAAAUCGGCAGAGAGAGCGAGGAUCCCGUGCAUGAGGUCUCUGAUUCUUCGUUCUCCAGAUUGGCUGCUCACAGCUCCUUCAAGAGGCUAAGGCUGGAACGACCAAGGCAGGCGUGGGAGAGCCAUCCGACCUUUAACCGGAAGUCGGGUAGCUCGUCACUUCAUGCUUGGGCGAGUGCUGCUUUCCUUCCAUCGGUGGGUGUGCGAGAGACUUUAAACUUUCCGAAGCCGGAAGAGAGCUACGGAGGGGAAGAUGCAGCCCAUGUGCCUUGGACCAUCGAGCGACGACUGAAGGGAGUCCGCAUUCAGAGGUCCGAUGAAGAUGAGAGAAAUCAUGCUCUGAAGAAGCUUAAAGCUGUGGUGCUCCUGGACCCUUUGGCUACGGCUCUGGGUAAAAGUUUAGUGCAGAAAACGGGUGCUCUUGAGACGGAGGAGAUCAUUGCAGCGAGUUUUAGCGAUGCUUUCAGUUCAAAAUCGGCGGGUACGCUCACCAAAAGGGCUGGCUCUUUGCAGAGGCUGGUGGUUCAACUUUAUAAGCAAGGGGUGGCUUCUCCGUGGCGCAUGGAGGAGGCAGACUUGUAUUCGGCUUUGACCACACUGCGUGAGGAAGGUUGUGGGGCAACAUCACCAGCUCACAUGUUGGAGAGUUUACAUUUUCUUCAUGCCAUUGCAAGAUUUUUGCAUUUGGAUUUGGAGCUGGUGAUCUCUGCUAGAUGCAAGGGUGUUGCUCAUUCAUGCUUUAUGUCAAAGGCGCCGUUGGAGCAGCGUGACCCGCUGACAUGCUUCCAGGUGCGGCGACUUGAAGAGGCAAUGGUGAGAGCUGGCCCGGUUGGUCAAUGUAUCUUGGGACAGAUUUUAUUUUGCGUGCAUGCCGUUUGUCGCUGGAAGGAUUCCCAGAAACUAAAACUUUUGGAGCUGCUGGGCACGGGAGAGAGCCAGAUUCUGUUUGGGGAUGCUCUGGGAAGCAAGACGUCUUUGAGCAAGGAGGCCAAGACAAAAUUUACACCAUACGCGGCGCUGGCGCAGGGGCUUACUGAAUGCUCUUGGGCGCGCUUGUGGAUUGAAGCCAGACGCCAGUGUAGGCUCAAGUUCGGUGCUGGACCGGAUGGCUUUUGCCUUCCUACGAGGUCUCAGCGACUGGAUGAGUGGGGCUCCACGCCUAUGGGAGCUGGUGAGGCGUCUUCCUACUUAGCGGAGAUUUUGGAAGGCUCUGAAACGGAGGGACAAGUUCUGGGAACACAUUCCUUGAAAGUCACCCUGCUUACGUGGGCCUCUCGAUCGACAGUGGUGCGCCUGAGCAAAGGGGAACGUCUCCUGUUGGGUCACCACAUUGUACCGGGGGUCAAAAGUAUGGUGACUUAUAGCCGCGAGGCUUAUACGAGUUUGAUCGGCAAGCUUUUAGCUCUUUACCGCUCGAUUCGAAGCGGAGCUUUUCAGCCAGAUCUCGCGCCUGCCGACAGGGUGCUACAAGUUGCUGACGCCUUGGCCGCGGCUGAGGAAGGUCAAGGCCUGGGCACAGGAGCGCGGGAUGAGGCGGCCGCAGAGCAGUUGGCUGGGUUUGAGGGCGAAUCGGAGGACUCCGCAGAUGAUGCUGAGGCCGACGGGCCCUUUGAGCUUCCAGGCCAACCUGCAGUGAGAGCAGAGGAUAUGCGCAUUUGUUUUGCAGAUGCUAUUCCCUUGAUCGCGAAAUCUUGGUGUAUCAUGGCUUCUGCGAACCUUGAUUCGGAAGCAGCUUUCUUGGACCGCGCUAGAAAGAUCGGACUGUCUGAGGAAACCCUUACAGGACUCUUGAACAACAGCUUCAACACCUUUGGCCGCCUGGCCUUUGCGGUGUCGGCUACGCCAACGACUCUCACCGACGAGGCAGUGGACAACUGGAUUGAUGGAUUGGGCAUGAGACCGUCUGGUUUUCAGAAAGCCAGCCUCCGUCGGCUCCUUUUCGAAGGAGUGAGCAUGGCGAUUGAAGAGGUUCGUACCCGCAUCGAGCCCGGCGUGGAAGGACAUCCUAAGAAGUUGGCAGCGGCGGAACGCUUGGAUAGGCAGGCUAAACAGGAGAGGUCUCUGGGAGGUUUGGUUUUUACUCCUGAAACCCGGCCAGCCAACUCGUGUGUAGAUCUGUGCGUGGAAAUGCUUGAAACAGGUGUGUUGCAGUAUCACGUUCCAAGCAAGUGGAUUAGUAGGGCGCAGGAAGCACAGUGCUUGAAGAGGGACAGCAGCAUAAACAUUGAUGCCGACAACAACCUGAAGAUUGCAACCAAAUCUGCAGAUCAGACAUGUGACGUUUCAUCAGAGAUGAGGUUGCGCCAGGCUUGGAGCCGCCGCUCCUUAGCCUUCGAUUUGGCGAACCUUGCAAGCUUCAGGGUCAUGGAGGAACAUGUUCAAUUCUUGUUUUCAGUUCUUCAGAGAGCGCAGCCGAAGGGCUUUCAGGGUGUCAUGCUUUCACAAAUCAUUGAGGCAGAUAAGCAGAUGUUCAUUCUUGCAAGCAACAACCUCAUGGGACGUCUAACGGCCUCGCCAGGGGCGGCUCCUGCUUUGGACGCGGAGAUCAGUAGACUGUCUAGGAGCCCUGACAUCAUGCAGUAUUUGGCACCCUUGCAGAACCCUGUAAUCCCACAUGUCCCUUCCAUUGAGUGCGUCCAUCAGUGGAGGGAGCGACGGGGGCGCAUUGCAAACUGGGGCCAAAUCACGAGUGAUGAUCUCUUGACCUUGUUUGAUAUGCUCCCUCAGGGAAAUCUUCAGAAGGGUCAGAGAGAAGUGAAACAGUCCUUCGUAACCGGCUGUUACUCCCAAGGUGGAUUCCGUGGGUUGCGUAAGGAGUGUGCAGAGUUUCCAUACGCAAGUCGUGUCAUGACCCGCUUUGUGCAGGAGCGUCUUCCAGGUCAUGUUUUCUCCACAUGUGGCAUUUUUGCAGACAGUCUCACGCCUUUGCAUCGUGACGGCCGCAAUGCGCAGUGGCCGAAUGCGGUUUUUCGCUUGAGUGAUUUUAAGGAGGGGGGCUUAUGGAUAGAGGGCCCUGGGGACGAUGUUCGAGUCUUCAAUUCUAAAGAGCUGGUUGGAGCGGUUCACGAAAUUGGGGACGAUCCGCUUAUCUUUGAUGUAGAGGCAGCGCACCAAUUGAACUUCGUGCUACCUCCUGAGGUGCCGUUGCCUGUGCAAACGGCGCAGCUGGGAGAACGGCUCAUAGUCUUGAAGCGAAACUUGGCGGUGGCGCGAGUGAAGCAGGAGGUGAAGAGAUGCAGUGAUGCUGAGGCGGAGCUUCACAAGGCCAUGCACCCGGCAGUGGCUAAGGUUAUGAGCGGCAAAUCCAUUUUGGCGUUGGAAUCUUUACUCAAGUCCGAGGGCUAUGACGAUCUUGAAGUCAUCGGUUUCUUAAAAGAAGGGGUAAGGUUGGUCGGAACUUCCCAAUGCCCAGAAUGCUUUGAUCGUAAGUUUGUCCCCGCUUUCUUGACAGAGACGGAGCUCAUGGCCUCAGCGGCCACCAGACGAAAGUCCUUGUUGAGUAAGUUCGAAAAGGUAGACCCGGAGGAGGCACGGAUCUUGAAGGAGGCCACGGAUGAGGAAGUGGCCAUGGGCUUUUUGGAGGGCCCCUACUAUGAUCAGAGCCAGAUUACGAAAUUGCUGGGAACCAACGAUUGGACAGUCAUCAGAAGGUUUGUUUUGCUCCAGGGGGCAGAGCUGAAACCCAGACCCAUAGACAACUGCUUGGAAUCCCAAUUAAACGCGGGCUACAGCUCCAGCAUUCACCUGCGGUUACAAGAUUCGGACUACAUCUCAGCCAUGGCCCUCCACGUAGCGAGGGAAGUGAGCGAAGGCCGAGCGCACAAGGAUGCAUCGGAGUGGAAGGGCAAAACACUUGACCUCAGCAAAGCUUACAAGCAACUUGCUAUCCAUCCGAGUAGCGCAGAAAACGCAGACUCCACGGCGAGUGCGUUCUUGGAUGCCCUAGGAUGGCGUCACGCCAAGACGGGCGCAAAAGGCAUUGGUCUAGCCGCCCACGAUUGCUUCAGUGGAACAGGCUGGGUCUUCACAGGAAAGGUCCCGUUGCAGUUGCUUGAAUCUUGGAAAGCAGAGGUAGGAGAGCAACUCAUCUGCGAGAUCGAGAUGUUUGCUGUGCUAGCUUCCCUGCUGCAACUGAAUGCUCUUGUGUCGUCUCGCCGCAUAGUGUGGUGGGUUGACAACGAUGCAACCAGAGGUGUCAUGAUCAAGGGCGCCAGCCGCAGUUGGGCCAUGCACACUUUAGCCCGAGUGUUCUCUGAGCUCGACAGAGAAUGGCCAUCCAUGUGGUGGGUUUGCAGAGUCCCAUCCUACUCCAAUCCGGGGGAUGCACCGUCGAGAGACCAAGGAGAGGAGUCUUUGGUGACGGUCGGAGCAUCUUGUGUGCAACCCUUCUCGAGACUUGAAGAGCUUGUUGGAAGGAUCCAGGCCUUCAACCGAGCGUGA